AUGUCACUAACGCUUUUUACUAAUGAUAAGAGGAGAAAAUAUUUAGGCAGUAACAGACCAGAAGGUCGCGUAGGACAUUCCCUACAUCAUUACUAUGAGUUAAGCGCAACGGAGGAAGUGAGAAGUGGCUCGUCUGGAAGAGACGACGAUGAAGAGACGGACCAGACACGCGCAGUACACCGUAUGGAAGGUGAGUACCCGUACGCCAUAAAGUCUGAGUUUAUUUCAAAUCGGGAUGAAUGUAAUAAAUGUGGACAGGCCGAAAUAAGCAAUAGAAACUGUGGCGAUGAUGUGAAAGGCGAACUACAGGAGGGAGAAAAAUCCCCAAAAGGUAAUCCGGAGGAAGCAUACAAAGAAGAGAAAUUAUUCACCCAAUGUCCCCACACUGGAAACCAUUACAUAAAAAAUGACGACCAUAUGGGUAGUAUAUCCCAUGGGGGGAAGAAGGGUUAUUACCAUAAUAGGUUCAUCCAUGGGAGGUAUAAAGUUGUGCUAUUCGGGGGAGGGCUACCAGAAGAAGAGUUUGUAAAAAAUUACGCAAAUGGAUGUGCACAAGCCAAGGGGGACGAAGAAGAUGGCAGCUACAACAAAUACAGUAUGAUGUCUGUAGAGAAUUCUCUACAAAGAAUGUUUAAUGAUCUAUACAUAUGUGAGGAAGAAAAUGACGAUUUUGAGAAUUGGGUAAAUGUGAAGACGCAUAAUGUGCCUGAAGCGAGGGCAUUCCAUGCGUCAUGUAUUGUUAACUUAGGGUUAAAUGGUGUUUUUUUGUUUAUCCAUGGAGGUAAGGUGAAGAAUGACAAGCUCGCGGAUGACCGAUUAUGUGCCUUGAAUUUGAGUAGAAUUUCAUAUCGUGCUUGGCGAAACCGGAGCGGCAGCAGAUGUAGUGGAGAACCAGAGGGGCGGGACGAAAGUGACACCAGCGACACCCCCAUGGUAGAAGAAAACAACGAACAUAAUCGGACGGAGAGUAAUGAUCAUCCGAAUGAAUAUGAGGGAGAACAUCUUCCAAACGGCAACCCCCUGAAGGAGAACCAACAUGGCCUCGCUAGCAAUGCGGUUAUGAAAGAGGAUCGGAAUGAAAAGGACGAGAAGGGAGCCCCCCCAAAUGAGGGCCCUCAAAAUGGUGUAGUAAAAAAACAGGCAGAGGGGGAGGUGGUGGAAAAAGAAGAAGAAACGAUUGGCGAGUCGCUAACUCGGAGAAGCAAAAAUUGUGAAUCCCCGAAGGGGGAAGACAAAUGGAAGAACAAUAGUCAUCAUGGUGAGAAAGGCAACCUUGACAUGGAUAAUGGCCCAAAUUGCCUGAAGAAAGAAGCGUGUAGUGAUACAAAACCAGAUGCAGCAAAGUUAGGGGCUCCUCCCCAAGAAAGGAACGUUUUAGCCAACCAGAAGAAGAAGAAGAAAAAGUGGUCGUGUUCAUCGUCCCAUUUGUGUUCCGCAUCGAGCGGGUCUGCAUCCAGCGAAUCUGCCUCGAGAGAUAACCAAUUUGACGAGGACGACAAAGACGUGCUUGUGAAUUCUCGUGUCCCAGUUAAAACGUUGCUCCUCAGGGAAAAUAACUCCUUCUGUGGUACUGCCUCCUCCCCCUCCGAGGAAGACGAAGACGGACGUGAAGACGGACAUGAAGACUCAGAUGUGCACGCACGAAAAAAUGGAGAUUCCUCCUUCAAAAGGUUCAAAAAGGUGAAAAGGACAUGGGUCCUCAUCCAAACACUGGGAAGGAAGCCAAACAGUAGGUACGGACAUACCUUGGAUUUUCUAUAUCCCCAUUUAGUCCUAUUUGGGGGAAACGAACAUGCACACGAUGAUGAGGAAACCCCUUUUUGUAAAAAUGACCUAUGGGUAUUGAACAUAAAAAAGGGGAAAACAAAACGAACAAAAUCGGAGAGGAAAAAAAUUCUUUACUUUGUGUGGCAAGAAGUAGAGUACCAAUGUGUAGAUCCUUUGGGCAGAUAUUUUCACGCCACCACAGUAUGGUAUGACGUAGAAAAUAAAACGAACAAAUUAAUUUUAUAUGGAGGUAAAAUGAGAAAGAGAACGAGUGUUAGUAGCAGAUUGUUAGCUCUGCAGAAUUAUGGAAAUAAAUGGAGGUGGUCCUUUUUACCAGUUUAUGUAUCCCCCCUGAAUGAAAACAGAGCAUGUCAUUCCUUGGUCUUCGCCCAUAAUCAUAUUUUUAUCAUUGGGGGAGAAGACUACAUGUAUAGGUAUAUCGAGAAAAUGCCAUCCGCCUUGUAUUCUUUUGAAACUAAAAAAUUCCAAUAUAUUAACGACUUCAGCGCGAAGGCCUGUUUAAAAUGCUUUGCAAAAAAUGAGACCAUUUAUUCCUGGGGAGGAUUUACUGACGUAUCAUGCAAUCAAAAUUAUUUACCGAACAAUUUUGUGACCAUUGAUGUAACCCCACAUGUUAUGUUUAUCCAAAUGAAGGAAGACCUUGUAGAUGAGUAUGAUGAAAACAACAAUCUCGUUUUGAAGGAAGACCCCGAAUCCGAUGAUGAUAUUUACAAUCGCAUGAAAAAAAAAAUCUUAAAAAUACAGAAUAGGAAGAUGGAGCUGGAGAAGAAUCUACUUUACCAGACGAAGCUAAAUGAGAAUUUGAAUUUUCGCAUCAAGUCGCAGAUGGUGCAGUAUCAGAGGCUGGUGCAGCUGCUGAAUGUGAAGCAGAGUCAGAAUGCUCAUCUGAUGAACGCCUUCAAGCGCCAGAGCCUUCCCCUCGACGGUGGCAGGAUUAGCGGCAGCAUUGGGGGCAGCAUUGGGGGCAGCAUUGGGGGCAACAUUGGGGGCAACAUUGGGGGCAGCAUUGGGGGCAACAUUGGGGGCAGCAUUGGGGGCAGCAUUGGGGGCAACAUUGGGGGCAACAUUGGGGGCAACGUCGCCGGGUGCCACGCCCCAUCGCACCCCCUGCCGAGCGCCCUUCCAUACGACGUACCUCCUAGCGUACACCACAUCGCAACGCACGACCUGCCGCACGGCUCAUACCACAGCCUGCACGAUAUGCCUCUGCACGAGGUGCCUCUGUACGACGCGAACCCUAGCAUCAACAUGAACAGCAUCAGCAUGAACAGCUGCAACCCGAACAGCUGCAACAACUACGCGCAGUAUAACAGUGAGGACCUCUUCAAAAUGUCGAUAAGCGAACAGGACAACUUCACCCACCCGAUGGCUGCAGGCAUGGUGAAUACCCACGCCAGUGGGUUGCACAGCGAGUACGAGUGCAGUGUAGUGCGGCACAACGUGGAAGCGAAGCAAACAGGGAGCGAGCUGCCCUUGGCCGACGUAGGAAAGUACAAAAAUAUGCUGUCGGAUGAAAACUUGCGGAGCAUUCCCUACACGGACUGCACGAAUGAGAAGGGUAACAAGAACGUGGAGGAGCAGGAGCAGUUGCAGUUGCGGUUCGAGGGAGGGGUAGCGCCGGAUCAUGCCGGUAUACCGAUCAACCAAGUGAGCGCAGCGGGCGAAAACCCCCCAUGUGGGGGGUAUAACCCCAGCGAGGGAUACCCGCCCCCUUGCGAACAGGUCAGUAGUGUCCCCGAAAGUGUGCCGUACCACACGUUUAGUGGUAUGUCCGAGUUGUGCGCCACGAAUGGAGGGCAGCUCCCCUGGAUCGGACAUACAAGUAGUUACUCCAACGGAGCAGGUCAUCCGUUCAGUGGAUUGGAUCAACCACCCGAAAUACCCAUAAAGAAUAGCACUCCUUUUGUGAAUGAUUAUUGCACGGGGAUUCCCCUGGAUGUGCCCACAAAUAACCUCCAGGCGAGUGGCAGCAACGAUAGAAUUGGCAUCCCCUCGUCAAUACAGAGGGGCGUUAUUGGUAACGAAAAGGAAGGAAGCACCGUUACGGGCGUUAACAACGAGAGUGUGCAAGCCCAGGCCGAGGGGAAUUGCGCAAACAGGGAGGCGUCCAAUCAACGGGUGCGCCGAAAAACGGCCGCCAAGUGCUUGCAGCUGAUUGAGCAGGACAGGCUCAGCAGGAUGAUGAGUGAGAAGUAG